AUGAUUGACAUACAUUUUCGUUCGCCUUUUGCCUUUUGGACAUUAGGUGUAAUUAGUGUUAUACUAUCCAUAUUAUCAGAUGCUGGUAAUUUAAUUAAUUUAUUUGUUCUUACUCGACGUCAUAUGCGAUCAACAAUGACAACACUUUUAGUUACACUUGCUUGGGCUGAUCUUGUUCCACCUACUGUUGCUUCAUUAAACAGCAUACUAUUUUAUUAUUUUUUACCACGUAUGAAUAAUUCAUCAACAUUUUUAACUACACAUAUGAUUGCACGAGCUAUUUUUAAUGGAUUAGCAAAUGUAUUUACAACAUUUAGUAAUUGGCUUAUUGUAUUAAUUACAACAUUUCGAUUAAUUGUUGUGAAGCAACCAUUAGUGGCAAAAACUUAUUGUAAUCGACGUACUGCUCGUUAUGCAAUAGUAAUUAUUCUAUUCUUAUCAAUAUUUGUUAAUAUACCCUUAUUUCUUUUUACAAGUAUACGAGUUUAUUGUACUAAUAAUGGUUUAAUAAAAUAUUAUAGCCUUGGAGGAUCACCAUUAUUACGAACAAAAUUUUUUUCUCGAUUUUUUUAUCCAAUAAUGGUAACAAUAUCUUUACUUUUUCCAUGGUUAAUAUGUUUUUUGAUUUGGUUAUUUUUAAUACGUGCAUUACGUUCAGCACAAAGUCAAUUAACAAAAAAAAAUGUUAAUACGACAUUUCGUAAUGAUCGUAAGCAAGAUACAUAUUUUCGUAUAACAUUAAUGAUUGUUUGUGUAUUAACUGUUUAUAUGAUAUGUCGUAGUGCACAUUUGCUUGAAGUUAUACAUUUACUAAUAGCACCAUUAUUUAGUAUUCAACAACAAAUAUAUUUUAAUAAAAUACGCAUUAAAUUGUAUUGUAUAUCAAAUAUAAUGUUAACUAUAAAUCAUGGUGCAAAUUUUUAUAUUUAUUCAAUAAAUCCAAAAUUUCGUUUAACACUUAAAUUAUAUUUAACAUAUUAUUUUCGUCGUUGUCGUAUAAAACGUCGACGUGCAUUUACGUUAUUUCAUUUACGUCGAAAAAAAACUAAUGAUAGUUUAGAUGGUUUAAGUGCACAAAAUGAUUUUAAUCGUUCAAUUAUGUUAACACCAUCAAAUCCUAAUGAAGGCAAUCAAAGAUUUUCUAUUAAUCAUAAUCUUCUUACUACAAAUGGAGGUGUUUAUAAGCAAAAUUGUACAAUAAAUAGUAUAAGAACACCACAAAAAUAUUUAAGACAAUUUUUGGAUGCUAAUUCAAAUAAUGAAAAUUCUGAAAAAAGUUAUGUUUGGAGAGAAAUUGAACAAAGACUAAAAUAUCAUAGAAGAAAUCAUUUUCAAUAA